AUGAAAAUUCUGCAACUAGCCAAGAAAGCUAACGUAAACCAGGCGCAAGAUAUCCCACGUGCUUCUAGCACUGUAACCAGCUUAGUGGACUAUGACGGUUCUGAAACAAGUUCUGUAAGUACGCUUCAUAAUACCUCUGCACAAGUAGUAUGUCAUGGUGGUCAAGAUCUGCCGUAUCAGGAUUUAACGGGUGGGACUGUUAUAGUACCACUAGAAGAUGUUCCCACUGUUCCAGCUUCACUUGUUGACCAAACUAUUCAGAAUGAUAUGACUGAAACUGUAUCUUUAGGUCAUAAAAAAGAUUCUGAAAAGCUAUCAAGUACCAUACUUUUUUCUAAUGAGAGAAAGCAAGAUGAUAGAAAUGAGUACUAUUUUUCUGACGAAACGAACGAACCUUUCUCUAGUGACGAUUCUGUAGCUGAUCGAACAUACUUACCUUCUACAUCAUCAGAUGACUCAGCUGUUUCAGAGGACGAAGUAGAUUUUAGUUUUACAACAAGUAAUACGAAUGCAGGGGAAUUCGAUUGCGAAGAAGAAAAUGAAAUAGAUGAAAUCUGGAAAGAUAUUCAAGAAAUUACUGCAGAAUAUAAAUUCCAAGGGCAAUCAACGUCCGUGAUAAAUGUUGACUACACUGAAAUUAAGGAACCCAUUGACGCAUAUAACUUAUUUGUCUCUGACGAAAUUAUCCGCAUGAUAUAUUUCGAAACUAAUAGGUACGCAGCUCAGUCACAGAAGAAUCAAGUAAAUAAUAAUUCAUGGACGGAUACAGAUACGGAAGAGUUGAGAGAUUUUUUCGCCAUUGUAAUAGCUAUGGGGUUAGUGCCUUUACCAGCUCUCCAUCUGUAUUGGUCAAAAGACGAAAUAUUUGCCAAUAAAUUUGUUUCAUCGAUCAUGCCUCGUGAUCGUUUUAUGACGAUUUUGAAAUAUUUACAUUUUGCAGACAAUACUUUCCUGAGCGGAAGUAAUCGACUAUAUAAAAUCCAACCUCUUAUAAAUAUGUUGUCGUCCAGAUUCAGGGACGUUCUUAUGCCAGGAAAAGAAAUUGUAAUUGAUGAGAGUAUGAUCCCUUUCAGGGGGAGGUUAGUUUUUCGCCAGUGCAUACCUAAUAAGACGCAUAAAUACGGCGUAAAAAUUUAUAAACUGUGUACAUUAGAGGGCUAUACGCAUAAUUUCAUAAUUUAUACUGGUAAAGGCACUACUACACAUGAAUUUCCACAUGCUGAGUUUAUCGUGUAUAAACUACUGGAAAGUCUCGAUGAACGUGAAGGAAGAAUAUUAUAUGCAGAUAAUUUCUACUCCACUGUACCAUUAGUGAAAACACUAUACGGAAGGAAAAUGAUGUAUUGUGGUACUCUAGGUUCUAAUAGAAAGGGGAUACCCAAAUCAUUUUCCAAAAAACUAAAAAAAUGUGAGGUAUAUGGACAAGAAUAUCACAAGCUGAGAGUCAUUAAAUGGAUGGAUAAGAGGCCGGUGAUGAUGAUAACUUCGAAUCCUCUGCAUACUGACAAACUUGUUGAAACUGGAAAGAAAAAUAGAAACAAAGAUACAGUAAAAAAGCCACAAGCCGUCUUAGAUUACAACAAUGCCAAAAAAGGAGUAGAUCUCAGUGACCAAAUGUCCUCAUACUUCACCGUCUUGAGAAAAUCCCUAAAAUGGUAUCGAAAAGUAGCUUUUGAGCUAUUAUUUGGUACGUCUGUUGUCAACGCAUGGGUUGUAUACAAAAAAGCUACAAACUCUAAAAUUUCAGUGUUGGAGUUUAGAAAAGCUUUAGCAACUUCAUUAACUCAGAGAAAAUGUACAAAGGAAAAGGGACCUAAGAAAUCCGUACAUACUUUUGUCAAGCCAGAAGGCUCAGGUCGUAAAUCACGGAAGAAAUGUGUAGGUUGCUAUAAGAAGUUGAGAGCAAUAUUGUCGAGCGUUGAAGCUGACAGAAAAACUAGGAAAGUGAUCAGUUUUUGUAAUGGAUGCGAUGGUAAUCCCGGUUACUGUUUGGACUGUUUCAACGAAUUUCACAAGAACUGA